AGCAGGUGAGAUCCCGAUACUGAAGUGUCCACGCUCCUUCCUGAAGAAUUCCAGUACGGCAGUUACGACCCACAUCUCUUUCUUACUGAAAUACCUAAGCCUCAUGCCCUGAGGUACCAGACAGGUAACAUGGCACACUUCCUUGGAAUCAGCAUCCUCCCGGGAGGUACCUGUCAGUGAGCUCAUCAGCAAAUACAUCCUGAUGCUGGAUCUCCCAGGAGAGUUCCAUGGGCUAGUGAUGUCUCUGGUAUCUAAGCACCCCCCACAGUGCCAGUUCUCCCCUAAGGCUAAAGGAGCAGCUGCAGGUCUUCCCUUCUUCGAUGGUCUUGCUAUGGCAUACAUCAUCCUGACUCUCAAACUGUAUUUUGGGCUUGAUGACAUCACAGAAGUGAAACUGUCAGAAUAUUCAAGUGAAAUCAAGCAACUAAUUCAAAACAGACAUGAGCUGUUUGUGUUUGAGGACUGGAAGACCCACCUAACCGAGAAGCGGGCUGAAUGUCCAGAACAUGUCUCUCUCUUCAGUCAUGUUGAUCUGACAGAUGUGAACAAUAUCGAUAUCCUGCUUGAGAGCUACUUCAAAUCCAACCAGCACCGUCGCCGUGCUCCACGUUACUACAGAUCUCCGAAGGGAGUUGACGAGAAUCGCUACCAGCAGACAACAAAGGAAGACUUAGCUCAUCCUUUCAAAUUAGUACGUGAGAAGAUGGAGAAGUCUUCUGAUACUGUACAAGGUGAAGGUCGUGAUGGAGGAGAAGGUCAUGAAGACAAGGAAAGAUCGAUAUCAAACGACAGUCGUAAAUUCAUAUGUAGCAGCAUGAAACACAUCACAACCCCAACAACAUUUUUGGACGACCUUGACCGUCAUGGAUUGUCAGACGACACUAUCUACAGCUCAUGCAUGGAAUCUGAGGAUGAAGAGGAUUUUGAAGGCGGAGGUGGUGAUGAUGAUAGUUCACUGUGCAGUGGCACUGAGUCCAUGUCCGUUGACUCAUUUGAUAACUGUUUGCCUCAGAAACCUAAAAAAAAGAAGUCGGCUGUAAAGCAAGCUGUGAGACAUGUGUUGACCAAGAUGGAGUUGAAUGAGAAGCUUCACAUUCCACACAUCAAGAUGGCUGAAGUCAUGAAAGGACAUAUUUGUGCUAGCAAGAACUUUGUGAUAUUUAAGAAGGUUCUUUUAGAUGACAGAAAGAAGCCUUUGGAGUUAUACCGCCCUAAGUCCUACUGUUGGCUCCUGAACAUUUGUAGUGAGAUUGUCCGAUGCUCGCCUUAUGAAAUGGACGUGUUUGUCCUUCAUCUGUCCUACAUCUAUUUCAGCUUCAGUGCUCUGAGACACAAGCUUCCAGGAAGGGACAUCAGGAGAUUCAGAGACAAAUAUUUUGCCUAUGAGGAGGAAGAAGACAAUGACUUUGUUAGGUAUUGAAGGAGAUACUGAUCUUUUUGUAUAUCUAUAUGUGAAAGGACAAAGCAGAUUGAGUUUUAUGAGGCUGUUGAAGAAAAGAAGGUAAAAGAAGAAUAUCUCUGUGUGUGACAUAGUUCCAUGGUUAUGAAUGUGCUGAACAUUUAGAAAGUAUCUUGUUUCAUGUUUUCAGAACGUUAACUGUGUUGUUGAAGCGGUUCAUUAAAAAAGACUUUCAUGUUGAAUACUUUGUCAGAUAUCAGCUGUGACAAUAAAAUCAUAGUGACUC